AUGACAACUAAACCGGAGGAACGGCCAACCAACGGUAUUGGACCGCUCGAGCCACAGGCCGAUGUUAUCAAUGGUGGCGAACCUGUCAGAGAUUCAGACCGUGUUCUCGUUAUUGGUGGAGGCGCCGUGGGCUGUCUCGCGGCCCUCAAGCUAGGCCAGGCAGGUAUCGAUGUCGAUAUCAUCGAGAGGCUCCCUGAGACGAGCAACGCUCCACGUGCAUGUGGCUAUUUCGGCGCCGUACAUCACAUGCUGAACGACAUCGGCGUGUACAGGUUGAUCAGAGAAGAAGGCUUCAUGACUCGGGGCCUCUGCUUCCGCAAGCCCCCCAAGGACGAUGGCCAAGGUCGAGGCGGCAAGGUCUUCGGCGACAUCAUUGCAAAUCUGCCCCUUUGUGCCCCUGAUGACAAUCUCACAGAACCAGGUGCCGGUCUGCUGAAUCUGCCGCAGGCACAACUCAACAAAUUGUUCCUGCGAGAGGCGCUGAAGACGGAUCAUGUGCAGAUCCAUUUCAACCGUGAAUUGGUAUCUAUCACAAACAACGACAACGGCGGCGUCGCAGUCCUUACACGCGAUCCUGACACUGGCCUCGAACGAGAAUAUAAAGCCAAAUACGCGGUAGCAGCAGACGGUGCGCACUCUGCGGCUCGUAAAGCCCUCGGGCUGCCUUAUCCGGGCCACACCUGGCCCGAACGGCUCAUCGCGACAAACGUGGUGCUCCGAAACGUCGAGGAGACACCUAUGCACACGCAUUUCGUCAUGCACCCGACACACUUCAGCAUCUCGACUCCCCUCGAAGACCCUGUCACAGGGCAGGAGACGCUCUGGAGGUGGACGUUGGCGGCGGACCCGGCGUUGGAUAAGUGCUCCGACGAGGAGUUGUUGACGGACGAGGUCAUCCAUGCGCACUAUGAGAGGUGUAUGCCGGGGCCGAGGCCGUUGGCUGUCGACAUCGUGGCGAGGUCUGUGUACAGGGCGCACCAGAGGCUUGUGCCGACGAUGAGGAAGGGGAACGUGCUGCUUGCCGGAGAUGCUGCGCAUUGCAACCAUCCUUUUGGCGCCCUUGGUCUCAACACGGGCAUGCUCGACGCCGACGCCUGCGCCGAGGCCCUGAUCAUGAUCCUCAAGGACUCCUUCCCCCCUGUCGAGACGCUGAACACGUACUCCGACUCGCGCCGCAAGGUCUUCCAGUUCUUUGUGGACCCGACGUCGACGCAGAACAAAUUCCGCGUCCAUUCGAACCCGCCCGAGACGGCGGCCGAGGACGAUUGGUUCCUCAGAGACCUGAACCACAUGACGUCAAAGAAGGCCGUGGAAAUGAGAUGA